UGCUUUGCGGGGAGCGGGGCCGCGGCCAUGGGGAAAGUUCAGGAGUUGUCCGUGGCGCUGAGGAACAACAAAGUGGUGUAUGGCCCCGGGGAGCUGGUGGCGGGGGAAGUGAGGCUCCGAGUGUCCGCGCACUUCAACUUCAAAGCUCUGAAAGUAAACUGCAUUGGAUCAUGUGGGGUUGCCAACAAGGCAAAUGAUACGGCAUGGCUGGUAGAGGAGCAGUACUUCAGCAGCACACUCAGUGUUGCAGAAAAAGGAUCUCUGUCAGCUGGAGAAUAUACUUACCCAUUCCAAUUUCUUCUAUCAGCUACGAUACCAACUUCGUUUGAAGGUCCCUUUGGGAAGAUAAGCUAUCGUAUCAGGGCUACAAUAGAAACUGCACGAUUCUCUAAAGAUUAUAAAACUGAGAAGGUGUUUUACAUUCUUAAUCUGCUCAAUCUGAAUGAGAUCAAUGAUAUUGAGCAACCAAAUAUUGCAACUGUAACCAAGAAGUUUAGCUACCUGAUCGUGAAAAGUGGAAUUAUCACUUUAACAGUGAGCACUGAUCUUAAAGGAUACACUUCAGGUCAAAUCAUUCAUCUUACAAUGGACAUCCAAAACAAAUCUGGGAAGGAUAUAGGUAAUAUUGUCGCUGGUCUCAUCCAGAAAGUUACCUAUAAAUCAAAGCGAAUAAUCUAUGACCUGCGGACGAUUGCAGAGGUUGAAGGGUCUGGAGUAAAGUCUUGGAAGCAAGCAGAAUGGAAGGAGCAAAUCAUUGUGCCACCAUUACCUCAGUCAUCUCUGCAUGGUUGUAACUUAAUACAAGUGGAUUAUUUCAUUCAGGUUUCUGUCCGAUCACCAGAGGUUUUAGUCAGCUUGCCAAUUUAUAUUGGAAAUAUUGCAAUCAACAGUCCACCAUUGACACCUUCUAGGCAGUCCCAGCUUCCAGAGGCAGUGAUACCUACUGCUCCUCCAGCUGAGGAGGUUGGGGCAAUAGGUUACCAGCCCAUGGAUAGUGUCGUUCUUCCAACCAAAAGCCAUUCUCAGCAGCAGACUUCACCUCAAGCUUUCAGCUACACACCUGGCUUUGAAAGUGAUGCUGGCACGCAGAUUCCUGUUCCUAGACUUUGUAUUUCGACGGGUGCUACAGUCCCAUACUAUGCAGACGGACCUGUUGUCGCAGAUUUCACAGAAAAUCCCCUGAUCUUACCUCCUGAAUAUAGUACAUGGGCCCAGCCAUUUGAUCCUCCUCCAACAUACGAAGAGAGUUGCAGCAGUGCUAAUUCAAGCAUGAGUGCGGGAAACUAACCUACAAUAGACUUCAAAAGGUGUACUGCAGAUUGUGUACAGAAAUGCCUCUUAGUGACAUUUUACUGAAAAGCACAGCCUGACUUUAUGAUUCACCACUGCAAAUGCAUUCUGAGUUUGAAGAAGUUGAUAUUUUAUUCUCAAGAUGCAUUAUCAACACUCACAGGUAUUUUCUCCAGCUUUGUGGAAUGUCUGCCUUCUGCUUCCCUGCUGGAAGCAUAAACUAUUUUGGUAUAUUAAUCUGAGUUCUUUCCUUAUGAGUAUUUUUGGAAUGCAAAGCACUGAAAGGUUAUAAUAUAAAUAUUUAAAGCCUUUCAUUUCAUGUAUAUAAAUAAAUAUAAUUUUACUCUUGCUGAAUAGCUCCACCUUAUAAUAAAUAGGCUGUUUAUCUAAUCAGUCUAGUUCUGUCGAGGAAGCUGAAAAUUAUAGACAACUCUGAGCCUUAAGAACCAUAAAUAAGUGAUGAUGCUUGCUCCUUGUAUUUGCUUGUUUGGACAAAGGAAUAUCUGUGAUUAUAGGUGGACUGUAUGCAAUAGGAAUUAAUUUCCAAUUCUGAUCAAGUUUGAGCCUUCUUUUUUACUUAUCACUGUAGUGGGUUAUUUACACCAUGUGCUAUAACAACUGAGCUAAUGUUAUACUGGCCUUUUGAAAGGACCAAUACCAGCCAAAAUGCAUUAACAAUCCUUUCACCUUGAAGUGUUAUUUUGCACUUUUUGAUAGAAUAUUUUCCGAAAGAGAGAUCCAUAUAUACUGUAUUUAUAAAGUGUAUGUUUGCUGAGUCAUAUUGUCAUCUUUAAACUAGCACAUAAAAAAGGCAAGUUCAAAAUUCGGCACAUUAUUAUAACUUAAGCCUUACUGAAGUCAGUUGAAAGCCAAACCACUUACUGGAAUGUUUACUUAGUGCAUCUUUUUAACUGCUGUAUUUGUAACCUUUUGGAAUUUUACGUGCACAGUUUGAAGUGCUAUAUGACAUUUAAGUUCUUAAGCACAGUACUGAAAUAUAUUUUAGUGGUCGAACCAAGGAAUCAGCAGUCUGUUGCAGGUAAUUUGUAGAUAAGUGGAUUAUCUGGAGUUCCCAUUUUAUUAAUGGCUUAAAAAAAUUGAGAGUGUGCAUUUAGAUGCAAGGAACCUAGAAGCAUGUUGAUUUAAUUUUUCACUUUGAUGCUUAGAGUUUGAAUUAACGUAACAUUGCUGUUUUGAAUAAAUCCCUAUGCAAGCUCUCAAUUAGCUGUUUGGUGCAAUACCACCAGGAGUACUGGCUGCCAGCUUUUCCUGUAGGGUGGAGCUUCCAUCAGUUCUUUGGGGAACAUCUACAGAAAGAUGUAGAUUUAUGAAAAGGAUGGAUUGGGAGGAAGCUUGACGGGCAGAAAUUAAGAGGAAUCACUCUUGAAGAGUAUACAAUGAGCAGUGUAGGAUCAUUGGUGAAUCUGAAAGUAAUUACUUUCAUUUGCUAGUACCACAGUGUCCUGUUACUGAAUAUAAUUCAAGAUACAUUCAUUGCUAGAUUUAUAGAGUGAAGUAAAGUAUUUUGUCUUGAAACUGGUGGUACUAGUGGUCAAGGUCACUCUCAUUUUGCUGCUACCCAUGUGUAACAGAUAGGAUCUGAAUUUAUUUUACUCAAUUUUGUUCACUAAAGAGUAUUUUCCUUUGCAAGACUGAAAAAUGAGGCUGGAGCUAAUUAUAAUCUCACCAUUAUAAUUAAGGGUUUUUAACUUACCUUACGCUUUGUAAGAAAAAAAUUGAAGGGAACAAUAACUUUUUAUCAACUAUUUGUUACCGUUGGCCUGGAAUUUCCAACUGUCAUCACCUUGUUUCUUCUGUAUACAAGUCUUCUCCUAUCUAUAGGCACAAAUUAUAAAUAUUUUAGCUAACUUUGCAGUCAUUUCAGUACGUGCAUCAUCUGGGAAUUUGUGAAGUAUAUUGCUCAGUUCCAAGGAUGACAGUAGAAGCCAGUGAAACUCAUUUCUUCUGAUUUUUUUCCUGUCCCACAAUGAAUCACAAGCACCAUAUCUAAUUAGAAUAAUAAUAAACAAAGCUUUCAUAUUUAUGCAAUAUCUUAGGAAUUUGUCCAGGUUGUGGAAAAGGGACGCUCACAAAUCCAAUUUACUGCUAAGUUAACCCUUUUAUCUUGCAGAUUGCACUAAUGUGGGCACUACAGCCUGAUUAACAAAUGUAAUUUGGGAAGAAGGGAAGGGUAUUCCUGUGCAGUGUACCAUGGAGUAACUGGAUGCACAGGUUGUUAAGUGGCACCAAGUCACUGGUGUGUAGUCGGCGAGGAAGGAAAGCAGAUUGACGGAAAGGGCUGCAGUAAUGAGUGAGUGUGCAGCAAGCUGUACUCUCUCCAGCAGCAAGUUGUCAGACAGCUUUGUUAAAUCCGCUUUGCAAAACUGAAAGUCAUUUGGUAGUUGCUUCUAGCUCAUCUGAUACAGGAUUACUGGAAACUGUUUACAUUUUGAAGCUGAUUAUAUUAGGAACAACUCAGGACAUCCAGAUCUCGUCAUAAACUGUAGAAAAUAAAACACUGGAUAAUUCCAGUGGCUUGCCCUUGCUCGUCCACCUGUCAUGUGCUUGCUGUGAACCGUGUGUAAACUUUUCCUGACUUGAAUACUUGACUUGGAGGGUUGACAGGAAGGGUCACAGAUGGUAAAUGUAACUGACUUUGGGGAAGACUCUCUUACUUUAAAUUGUAACAAUGCAUUUCUUAAAGAAGACCAAAGGUGUCCAAAGUGCUUAUAACAGUCAACCACUGAAGUCUCUCACGGUUUCUAGCCUUCAGGAAUGAGUGAGAGGAAGAUGUGAACUGAUCUAUAGCUGCAGUCAUUGCAUCAUUGAGUUGUCCACCCCACACUUUAGUGCAUCUACUCUAUUCCCAUUAGUACUGUCUCUGUCAAUACCUUGCCGAUUAAAGUGCCUGUCUGAAUGUCUCUUAAAUGUAGUGAUUGUGUCCAACAAAACCAUUUCAGGUAUCAGGUAUCAACCACACCUUUUUUUAAAAAAAGACUUUCCUGUCAGAUCUUUAAAACUGCUUCCUCCCAACCUCUGCCCCUUGUGUUUUUUAUUACCCUCAACAUGGGAAAAGAAUAACCAGCUACCUUAUUGAUGUCUGUCUUAUUUUUAUAUUCCUUGAUCAAGUCACCCUUCAGCCUCCUUUUCUUGUGGGGAAAGUAGGCCUAGCCUAUCCAAUCUUUUCCCAUCACUAAAGUCCUGCAGUCCCGGCAACAUCCCGAUGAAUCUCCUCUACACUUAUUCUGAUGCAAACGCAUCCUGUAAUGCGCCCAACACUCUAGUCAUAAGGUCAUUUCAAACAACUCCUCUUCAGCCCAUCAUGUCUGUGUCAGGACUUGAUAAUUCAAGUGCCCUCCUAUCUUAGAGACCACUUCCUUUAGGAAAAAUUUCUUACCAUCUACCUUAUCUGUGCCCCACAUAAUUACGAUAAGGAUGAAGCUUAUACCAGCUCUGUUAGGGCCCUGGAGAGAGUUAAGAAACCUUGCUGUGCAGGACCAAGGUUCUUUGAA